AUGGAUGACUGGAUGCUUAAAACUGUCCGCGACAGGGGACGCCCAGACACGUCCCUCAACAUCGCAGACUACAUCCGCAGCCGGGAAAGCGGCCUCCGCGAUCGGCGCAGUGUAAACUUCGAUUACGCCAGCCGCUAUGUCCUAACCAAGGACAUGUUGCGCGAAACGCCGAUCGGCCUGCCCGACGCCACCAACGGGAUCCUUUGCUCGAAGUGGCUGGACAGCCGAAAGGUGGUCUGCGGCACGAAGUCCAAUCAAAUGCUAGUCUACGACGUGAAAACGCGGCGGUUGGAGGAAAUACCCACGAUGUUCAGGGAUCCGGAGGACAAGGUUGGUCUGCAGGUUAUCGAAUUGUCGCCCAGCCGCAGCUAUCUGGCCACCACUGCACGCAAUUCCUUGGACAUUGCAGUGUACCGGCUGCCAACGUUGGACCCUGUAUACUUGGGCGAGGGCGGGCACCGCAAGACAAUAAGGGGCAUGGCCUGGCUGGAUGACCAGUUCCUGGUCUCCGGCUCCUUCGAUUCCGGCAUCGUGUUGUGGCGCAUCAAGGAGGAGUUCCCGGAUAGUGCCUUGGCCACAAUCAAUCCGCUCAAUGUCAUGACGGUAAGCAAUGACCAGGGGAUCCGUUCCGUUUGCUUCAACAAGAAGUUCAACGAGAUCGCCGCCGUCUCGCCAAACAAAUGCAUGCACAUCUUCAACGCGGAUAUUUUCGAGCAGACGCUCUCCGGCAAACUGCCAAGCUCCCAGUACAAUACGCACAUUGCCUGCCACAGCGACGGUCUGUAUGCCGUACGUUCUAUGGACACUGCUAUCCUGCUGGUCACGCGGACGCUCCAGACCAUCAAGGAGAUCAGCUUCGAAUCCUACGACGGCAAUUAUAUGUCCAUAUCAUUCGAGGGCAACCUCAUGACCGUUGGCACCAGUGGGGGCAUGCUAAAUUUCUACGACAUCCGAGCUGGAAAAUUUUUGGAGAACAGUGUGAGGUGCAGCCCCAAACUGGACCACUACCGGGAUAUGAACUGGAAGUUCUCCGUCUUCACCCACUGCUACGACAGCACCAGGAUGCGAAUCUUCACAGCGGGCAGACUACGGUGCAACUUGAAGGGCUAUGCGGCCGUUUGGCAAUAA